AUGUUCAGAAAUAUCAUUCUAAGGAAUACAACAAGAAGAUUUUUAUCAGUGAAAAACCAACCAUCCAUCGGUAAAUUCACAGGGAAACCAAACCCAUCAACGGGGAAAUUCACAGUCUCAUUCAUAGAAGGUGAUGGUAUUGGUCCCGAAAUUUCACAAUCAGUAAAGCAAAUUUUUGACGCUGCAAAGGUUCCUAUCGAUUGGGAACCAUGUGAUGUCUCUCCCUUAUUUAUCAACGGGUUGACCACCAUCCCAGAACCUGCAGUACAAUCCAUAAAUAAAAAUUUAGUAGCUUUGAAAGGUCCCUUAGCUACACCUAUCGGUAAGGGUCAUCGUUCAUUGAAUUUAACCUUAAGGAAAACAUUCGGACUUUUCGCAAACGUUCGUCCUGCUAAAUCCAUCGAAGGUUUCAAAACAAUUUAUGAUAACGUUGAUUUAGUCAUCAUUAGAGAAAACACUGAAGGUGAAUAUUCAGGUAUCGAACAUGUAGUCACACCAGGUGUGGUACAAUCCAUUAAAUUGAUCACAAGAGAUGCCUCAGAACGUGUCAUUAGAUAUGCAUACGAAUAUGCUAGAGCCAUUGGAAGACCUCGCGUCAUCGUCGUCCAUAAAUCCACCAUUCAAAGAUUGGCAGAUGGAUUAUUCGUAGAUGUCGCAAAGGAAUUGUCUCAAGAAUACCCUGAUAUUCAAUUAGAAACGGAAUUAAUCGAUAAUACUGUCCUUAACGUAGUGUCGAAUCCAUCUUCAUAUUCUAACGCAGUAUCAGUUUGUCCAAACUUGUAUGGUGAUAUCUUGUCGGAUUUGAAUUCUGGUUUAAGUGCAGGUUCAUUAGGAUUGACUCCUUCUGCUAAUAUUGGUCAUGAAGUUUCCAUUUUCGAAGCAGUUCAUGGUUCUGCUCCUGAUAUCGCAGGUCAAAACAAGGCAAACCCAACUGCAUUAUUGCUAUCUUCUGUGAUGAUGUUGAACCAUAUGGGUUUGAAUAAUCAUGCUGAUAAGAUUGAAAAGGCGGUCUUAUCCACAAUUGCUUCAGGCCCUGAGGGAAGAACAGGAGAUUUGGCUGGUAAAGCUACCACUUCUUCAUUCACUGAUGCUGUCAUUGGUAGAUUAUAA